UCGGACAUGCUGGAGCUUCUGGCUUACCUCCAUGACCCGGAGCUCGUGGCCCGGUUCCAGAGACGAUGCGGACUCUUCCUGGUAGAAGCCGCGCCUCACAGCGCUCCGGCAGAAACCGAGAGACCACGUGGGCAGCUGAGGGGACGAUGGGACCACCAGGACAAGAAUUCAAACUAUAAAUUCAAGGAGAAUGGAUGUGCAGCUGGUGGCCGCAGCAGGCCUCAGUAUGAGGUGAGGAACUGGCUGCUGCACUUCCUCUUCCUGAUCUCGUCAGGCCUGGGUCACGAAAUCUCCUACAUCACCUGCCUGCCCUGCAUACACUGGAACCUGGACCCGUUCCUGUGCCGACGCCUCGUCAACAUGUGGACUGUGGUGAUGUAUGUCGGCCAGGUGAUGAAGGACGUGCUGAAGCUGCCUCGCCCUCUCUCACCCCCUGUGGUGAAGCUGGAGACACGUGUCGACGCCGAAUAUGGGCUGCCCUCGACUCACGCCAUGGCUGCCACCGCCAUCUCCUUCACCUUUUUACUAAGCGCCCCCUCGAGGAUACAGUUCCAGUUCGAGGUGGGUCUGCUGAUCGCGGUGACGCUGUCGUCCUUGGUGUGUCUGAGCCGUCUCUACACUGGCAUGCACUCAGUUUUGGAUGUGAUCAGUGGCGCUUUAAUCUCCGCCGUCCUCCUCUUCCUCACCUAUCCUUACUGGGAGACCUUCGACCACUUCCAGCUCACCAGCCACAUCUCCCCGGUCGUGGCGUUGGCGCUGCCGCUCUUCCUCAGCUACACGUACCCAGAGCUGGACCAUUACAGCACCACGCGGGGAGACACCACCACCAUUCUCGGGGUAGGGGCCGGAUGCUCAGUGGGGUACUGGGUGAACGAGCAGCUCGGGCAGACUUUUGAGCCCCAGGGCGCGUUACCUGUACCUCUACCCACACUGACGGCUAAUGCGCUGGCAGCAGGCGUGGGCCGCUUCCUGUUGGGAGUUACAGCAUUAGUGGCAACUCGACAGAUAGUGAAAACAGCGAGUCUGCAGGUGUUAUAUUCCUGGUACAGAGUGCCAAAAAGCGACACGACUGCCCAGAGGAGGAGAGAAAUUGAAGUGCCAUAUAAGUUUGCCACAUACACAUCGGUUGGACUUGUUAAUUCUAUAUUGGUCAAUAGAGUCUUCAUUCUACUGGGGCUGCUAUGACCUGAUGAAGACUGAUGAGUAAUGAUCUGAAUUUGCAAUGACAAUAAUGUACCUCAUAUUUAUUUCAACUGUGUACAAUGAUCUUUGUUUUUUGUUUUUUUUACAUGUUAACAACUUGAGAAACAAGGAGCUCUUACUGGGAAUGAUUCACAAGAGCGAGCUUGUGACUGACCUGUA